AUGGAGAAUUCUUACGAAACGCAUAGCAAUGGACAUGUGAAAGAUCCUGGCCUACAAAUAAUCCGGCACCCAUUAUACCAAUCCUCGAGCAAGUUUUCGUUGCCUUGGUUUGAUAUACGAGUGUUCUAUGUUAGUAUCAGCAAUUUCAGGGUUGAUGAUUCUACCCCAGAAUUUCUCUCUCUCAAUCAUAGCCCUGUGAUCCGCGACACGCUCCUUGAAGUGAACGGUGUAAGAUGUUCGAUUGAUUCUGAAGGAGUUUCUUGCCUUCUUCGAAGGAAUAGGAUAGAUAAGAAAUCCGAAGAGGCUACAUUUGUUAGCACAGAUAGUAUACGAUUAAACGGUAGUGCGAGGUUUGAAGUUUUUAAUAAAAAGGAGCUCGUGCUCUCCGGGAUUUUGGGAAUGUCCCAAGCCAAUGGUUCUACCGGGGAAACAAACAAUUUGGCCCGGAGGUGGAGCAUGAAUUGUGAAUCGGUAAUGACUGCUGGCACUGGAUUUCUCAAGGGGAAACACAUAAUGGGCGCUGAAUCAUCGUCCCCUACAAUCGAAGUUUAUGUUGCUGGUUGUUUCUCGGGAACGCCAAUCAUAUUAACCAAGACGUUGCAGCUUAAUCAUGCGAAGAAACAUAAAAAGGGAAUGUUAGAUAUGAUUCCGGAAUGUGAAGCCUCCGAGUCCCAUGAAGAUGUUGCAUCUGGACCUGAUCUACAGGUUGCAGAGUACAAAAGUUAUAAACCGGAAGGCGAGGAAGACUAUGAUAACCUGUAUUGGAGACAGACCGAAUAUAUCGAAGGUGAAGACGGGGAACUUUCUUGGUUUAAUGCUGGCGUUCGGGUGGGUGUUGGCAUAGGCCUUGGCAUUUGCUUGGGGAUCGGAAUUGGAGUUGGUUUGUUGGUCCGUACCUGCCGAACAACAACCCGAAACUUUAAAAGACGGUGA